AUGCUUCUUCUUCUUAUGCUUCUCUUUUCUUCUCUCAAUUUGACUCUUUCUGUUCCUUUACUUUCAUUCCUUUCAGGCUUCCAUUAUUUUCCUUCCUUUCAUUCUUCCCUCAUUUCCUUCCUUUCAUUCUUCUCUGAAUUUUAUUCCUUCUAUUCCCUUAUUUUCCUUCCUUUCAUUCUUCCUUCAUUUUCCUUCCUUUCAUUCUUCCCUCAUUUUCCUUCCUUUCAUUCUUCCCUCAUUUUCCUUCCUUUCAUUCUUCCCUCAUUUUUCCUUCUUUCAUCCUUCCUUAUUUUUUCCUUCCUUUUCAUUUUCUUCUUCCUUCAUUUUUUCAUUCUUCCCCAUUUUCCUUCCUUUCAUUCUUUAUUUUUCCUUUUUCUUUUAUUUUAUUUCUAUUCCCUUUUUUCUUCCUUUUUUCUUCUCUCAAUUUGUUCCCUUAUUUUCCUUUCUUUCAUUCUUCCCUCAUUUUCCUUCCUUUCAUUCUUCCCUCAUUUUCCUUCCUUUCAUUCUUCCCUCAAUUUGAUUCCCACUGUUCUCUUAUUUUCCUUUCUUUUAUGUUUUCUCUCUUUUUUCUUCCUUUUUCUUUUCAAUUUCUCUUCUUUCCCCCAUUUCAAUCUUCACUGA